GGGCGGGGGCGGGGUGGGGCGAGCCCACGUGACCCCGGCGCCGGGAUGCUCUCGGGGCCACCGAGGCCGGUGACGGAGCCCGGCCCUGGGACGAGCAUCGGGACGCGUCGCGAGCGGGACCCGCAGCUUCGUGUCCAGGUCCCAUGAUGUCCCAGAACAAUGAAAGGCCAGAGAAGAGCUCUGCUCAGCAAAAGAGGCCGCUUGCCAGCCUCCUCAGAGAAGUGGGCAGCCGGCUUUGAGGGCCUUAAGAAGUUCUGCAUUCUACACGCCAAACAGGAGACCCGGAGCACCUGGCACAGGUUGUGCCGGUCUCUUCAGCGCCGGAGGAAGGCUCUUUGGCUUCAGAGGAAUCGGGCCCGGAAAAGGGGCCUGGCUGCUGCGGCCCGUGUCACACUGGCUGCUCUGCAUAGCCACCCAGUCCCUGGCACCGUGAGCCCCCACAUCCGGGGGCAUCUCAUUGGAAGCCUGCCAGCAUCCGUUGAGAACUCCGCCCAGGAAUGCCAGCCAGAAGAAGAGCUCCGGAAGGCCUCGGCCGGCUUGCCAGUGGGCAGUGUGUUAGGUCAGACCGAUGGUUGCAGGCAGAGGACUGACCACCAGGAUCCUGCAGGGCUUAGGACAGCCAGUGGGGAGGGCCAGGUGGAGAGCAGCCCCACCGUAGUCACCUUGAGGAACCACAAGGGAAAUGGUUGUUACUGGAGCUGCUACCAAGGGCUGGACCCAGACAGAAUGGAGCCAGAACAGGCGUCCCUGAUUCUAAGAAGGCCCCGGCUCAGUCAGCGGCGGGGCAGGAGGCUGUCCCUGCUUCAGGUGUAUAAGAAACUGUCCAUGAUUAGGUUUCAGUACAGGAUCCUGAGCUCCUCAAAGUUUAAACCGAGGAGCAGAACGUGUAAGCUUCGGAGGGGCCCACAGCGCAGCUGGGUGCAGAAGGUCACCAGGGACCAUCGGGAGAACCGGCAGGAAGGCUUCGAGGGCGGCACCGGUAGCUCAUUCCCUCACUCAGGACCCAACAGCCCCUCUCACCUCCCUCAGGCUCCCUCCCUAGAUAUGGACUGCAGUGCCCCAGGGCCCACCGCCAAGGGAAAGAACUCACACGCACCCAGUGGCCCUGGGUCAGAGCCUUGCGCAGGGGAGACGCUCCCCAGCCAGGAGAACGGCGAUGUCGCACGUGGCUGGGACCCACCACACUUCACCGGACCGACCAGCGAGAGUCUCUCGCCAGAACAACACUCCAGGGACCUUUUCACAGCAGAAACUGAACCAGAAACUAUAACGGUGGGGCAGGACGGUCAGGCAGGGGACACUGGGGAUGACAAGGUCAGGCUGCCCACGUCUGACCACCCGGAGAAGGCACUGAGUGGUAAGGAGGCCUUGGGGGAGGAGCCAGCAUCUACAAAGACUGUGCAGGACGUGGGGAGCCUGGGCCGAAUGGAGGCCGAGGCUCCCCGCCCCCGGAACAUCUUUAGUGCCAAGUUACUGGACCACCCGUACUGUAAAAGCCCCCUGGAGGCUCCCUCCCAACAGACUGGACUCAAAGGGGGCCGGCAGAUGGGAGGGGGGAAGAGCAACCAGAAAGCAUCUCCCGUCAAGGACGAAGAGCUGUCCUCCUGCCUCUGUGGAUUCCUGGAUGAGGUGAUGAAGAAAUAUGGCAGCUUGGUCCCCCUCUGUGAAAAAGACGUUCUUGGAAGACUGAAAGAGGUCUUUAAUGAAGACUUUUCCAAUAGAAAGCCAUUUAUCAAUCGGGAAAUUACAAACUACCGGGCCAGGCACCCCAAAUCUUCCUCCUGCAACUUCCGGGUGUUCUACAACAGGCACAUGCUGGACAUGGACGACCUGGCGACACUAGAUGGUCAGAACUGGCUGAAUGACCAGGUAAUCAAUAUGUAUGGUGAGCUGAUAAUGGACGCUGUUCCAGACAAGGUUCACUUCUUCAACAGCUUUUUCCACAGACAGCUGGUAACCAAAGGAUACAAUGGAGUCAAAAGAUGGACUAAAAAGGUGGACUUGUUCAAAAAGAGCCUUCUCUUGAUCCCCAUUCACCUGGAGGUCCAUUGGUCUCUCAUUACUGUGACCCUGUCAAAUCGCAUUAUUUCCUUCUACGACUCCCAAGGCAUUCAUUUUAAGUUUUGUGUGGAGAAUAUAAGAAAGUACUUGCUGACAGAAGCAAGAGAAAAAAAUCGGCCCGAGUUUCUUCAGGGCUGGCAGACGGCUGUUACGAAGUGCAUUCCACAACAGAAAAACGACAGUGACUGUGGGGUGUUUGUGCUCCAGUACUGCAAGUGCCUGGCCUUUGAGCGACCCUUCCAGUUCUCCCAAGAAGACAUGCCACGCGUGCGGAGAAGGAUUUACAAGGAGCUGUGCGAGCGCCGCCUCUUGGACUGAAGGGGCAGCCGCAAGGACCGCCGGCCCUGCUGGAGGAGGCGUUCCCAGGUGUCUCAGACCGGUGGUGGCAUCUGCCGCUGGGCUUACCUCAACUUGGUUUUCUCCUUGACCUGUUUCUUCAACUACCAUGUAAUGUUUCUUAAUGUCCAGUUUUGUUCCUUUCUAAUUUUGUGGAUUUCUUUCUUGUAUUUAAUAUUUAUUAUACAAGCGCAUGCACAUAGACCAAGCAUGCAGUACAUAAUAUUAAAAAACAAAAACAAAAACCAAUGUGUAGAUUGGGUACACCCGUUCCAAGUAGCUAGCAGGAAAUGAACCCAGACUUUCUGGGUAGGCUCAGAACCUAAAAGCUGCAGGAUCUGCUUUCAUGUUCAGGCCAAUUGCAACCAUUCUGUUCCCCGGGGUCCUAGAGAAUGAGCAGGACUGGUCCUGACACAUCCCCUCCCUGGGGAAGGGUGGGAUGGAAGCCCUAGGAGGGAGCGAGGGAGCUCAGGCCUCCUCAGCAUAGCUGAGAGCUCCGGUCAAACCGAGCCAGGUGCGGGCAACACGUUGGGGGGUUUGGAUGUUGCUGUACGUGCCUUCGUCCCCGUUGUGAUCAAAGCGAGGAUUCAGAUGCUAAGAUGGAGAUGGUGCCCAGAGAGGGCGAGGGGACAAGGAAAGCGAGAGACGGUUUAAACCGAGCAGAAUCGGCGUCAGACACCUUUGUUGGGCAGGAGUUUCCCGUGGCAGCUGAACUCUCAUUUUUUUCUCUGUCCCUUUUUUGGUGUCACAUUUUUGUGUUUGAAAAGCAGAAUGGUCAUCGAUGACCCCAGUCAGGUGAGAAUUCUGGGCCAAUUAGAGUCUCUCCGAGUUUGCCUUACGCUGCCUGGCACGGAGACAGCAAAUGAAGCAUCCUGAUGCUCGGCGGUGCUUCAGCGUAAAAGCGUCCUUGCUGUUUUUGUGAGUGUCUAGUAAUUGAACUGCAGGAUUUUUGCUUUUCAUACUUGAACUCUGGGAUGACCCGGAGAGCACCUGGCCAGAGGAGAGCUGGGGGUAUGGGGGGGUAGAGUCCUUCAUUCGGGGUCUCCUGUUUGGUUUUGUGCACUAUUCAGAUGUGCCAAGGUGGGCUGGCCCUCCUAGGUGGGCAGCUCCAUUUCUCAAGGCUUUCCCAUUCAUUCUGCCCUGCCUUGUUUGUUAGGGGAUCCCCUCCCUCCCCUGUGCCCCGCCCUGCUCUGAUGCCCCCUCACCUCAGAAUUCUUGGGGAUGUCAAGGACAAAGAGAAAGGAGGGGGAGAAAAGCAGAUCCUGCAUCUUUAAUCUGGCUUUUUGUAACAUGUGUCUUUACAUGAAAAGGGAAAAUAACUCAAUGCAUGUUAAACCUAUUGAGUUGUCUGUCGUCUGUUUGAAAGGUUAAAAAAAUACCUGUGUGUACAUAGAUACCCAGAAGCUUGUACAGAAAAGUGCUAAGUCAAUUCCAGAUGAUACUUGAAUUUAUACCCACGUGUGUGUUGGGUGUUGAAAAUGAACAAAAUGAUGUAGUUUAACAUCUCCAUGGGGUGCACCUGCAGGGGGCUGCCAGCCAUGGAGGGGGUUGGGGGAGCAUUGUCUCCCCAGUGAUUGAUGCUAAAACCAUUCCACCCCCAACCGGGUCUUGUCCCUGCAGAGUUCCCACACCAGCAGUGGGGGGUGUGGGCCAGGAAGAGAGGGCCUCGUGGGUGCUGCAGGGCUGGGAGGAGGGGGAGGUCAGCACCAGGAAAUGAAUGACAUUUUAUCAAUCCAUGUAACCACUUGUGUUGCGUUAACCUUGGUUCGCCUUCCCCAGCCUCCCCUAUGUGUGUACCCCUCACCCCAUAUUCACUAUAGCUUUUUAGGACUCACACAGUGUUUCUGUGUGAGAGGUUUCGUUCUCGUACCCAAGCCUCUUUGUUGGCUAAACCAAAGCAUGACCACUGGACAGUCCAGAAGGCCUUUUUAAACCUCAAGGCCCUCCAGAAGCCUCCUCCACAGCUCCAGCCUUGAGAAGGGCUACACAAAGGGCCAUUCUGACGUGAUGGGAGCUGGUGCCAGGCUGUUCCUGGCCCCUUAUGUGAGAAGUGCCUGACACUGUCCACAAGGUGUGCGUCUAGGGAAGACAAACUUGAGGACUCGAAUGACGAUGGAAUCUACCGGGACAGAUUGCUUUUUCCCAUUGACUGACUGGCACACGUGCCACCAAAGCUUUCAGAUUCUGGUGUCGAGAGCAAGGACGUUUGGGCCGAGUGUUAGAUACUAACUGGCUGUCGAGGAGGUCUCGGCUCACGUGGUAUUGAGGCCUGACUGUCACUUUCUCGUUGGCUUCCCUGUGGGCGUAUUGACUCACUAGGUCGAUGGCCUAGCUUAGAGCAAUGUCCUUGGUCCCUCCCAGCAAGAACGUUCUGAAAUAGAGCCCCAGCUCUCGAGGGCGUACUAGCUGUCGGAUCACCGCAGACUGGCCUCGAAAUGCCUGCUGAUGCGCCCUAGGUUGGGGCAGUGUUAGUGCAGGCCCUACUGAGACAGCAGACGGCACCGACCUCUGCCUCGCUGACUGAAUGCACUGUGUUGUUCUUUUCCAGUUUGCCUUCUGACAAGUCUGCAGGAAAGAAGGUGAAACUCAGCCAAUCCUAGUUCAGUGUUUUGCUCAUAUAAACUCUGUAGAACCAACUUGUUUAACCCCGUGGAGAGGGUACGUCGGUGAAGAGAAUCCCCAAAACAUUUUUCUGUUGACUUUGUUCUGUUUCUUCUCCUUAUUUUCAGUAGGAGAAAGUCACCGCAUUAGAGCCAAGAUGACAGAAGCCAUAGGUGGGGACCUGAUUCAGGGGAGCAGACACUUAGCUUGCUCUCUGUUGCUAGGCUAGAGUAGAAAGCUUGGCUGCCCUUUCUUUCAGAAUCGGGGCUCGGGCCUUUCCCGGAUUGGAGGAGAAUGGCACCUGUCCUCCAGCUGGACAGUUGUACAGGGGAGGGGACAAAGUGCUGUUUCAUUAUGAGAAUCUUAAAGCAGGGUGGGUGGUGCUGCCCCCCGGGGGAAAAAUAAUUGGGAAUUGGAUAAGGAAGAGGCAAAGGCGGCCCUCGGGGAGGGAGCUGCUUCCCAGAGACUGGAAAAUUGGAGAUGUCCAUUUGCUGGCACUUGGUCUUCAGAGAAAAGGAUAUUUACCCAGUGAAUCAGACAAAACUAUACAUAUUGUAGAUAAAGGCCAGAAUGAUGUAAAAUUCCAAUAUCAAACAUGUAGUAAAAAGUGAAAUGUUGGGGGAGGGGACUUAGUAAAAUAUUUUUUGAAAAAUAAA